CCGGUUCCGUUGUUCCCUUCUCUUUAAUUUAACAACUUUCUACACAACACAUUCAUCCAUGGUGCUCGACUAUGUUUAGUUGCGCAAUGAUUUCAUUGAAUGAUUUCAUUGGCUGUUUGAAUUGAGACGUUAAAUACGACCCGCCUCUUGUGGGCCCUGUUUCGUCAGUGUCCCACACGAACUCACCUGCUCCAACUAGAAAGUCCAGUUUCUCCAGCGAGUCUCAGACAACAGCAGAGAGUGGGGAGGCAGCAUGGACAUGGACAGUAAACGGCUGGUGGUGGUGUUACCCAACGAAGCGUCAGCGACCUCGGGCAGGGUGUUUAGCAGUGAUGAUGAGGCGUGGAGGGGCUACCUGGAGAACCCUCUGUCUGCUGCCACUAAGGCCAUGAUGAGCAUCAAUGGAGACGAGGACAGCGCAGCUGCUCUGGGAUUGCUCUAUGACUACUACAAGGUUCCUAGGGAGAGGAGACUUGCAGCCAGUUGUGUAAAACCCACAGACCCCUCUGCUCUUGGGCCCAAUAACUGUGGUAACUUGGAAAUACUAGAUCAGCGUCUUCAGGCUCUUAGAUGCAUGCCUGUCAACCUCUCUCUAAACAACAGCACCACUAUAGAACACCAGGGCUCCAAGUACGACUCUACAGGCCUUACAGGAGGCAUUAGAGGAGGAGAUGGUAAAAGUGAAGGUGGGGUAUAUUUUGCUCUGGUCAAGACAGAGGGACAGAAGCCUAUGGGAGAGUCCUCCUGUGGAGGUUCCUAUCCAGCAGUGACCGGAGAGCAGAGAGAGAUGGUUUACAAACAGAGCUGCUAUGAUUUGUCCUUGUCUGGAUACUUGAAAGAUGAACAGAGAAGCACUCCAGACAGCACAUAUGAGGAAGCUGUGGAAGGAGAGGUGAUAUUAUGUCUUGCUUUACAUUAUUUUCCAGUCAGCUGUUUCCAGUACAAUCUGGAGGCCAGCAUGUCGCUGCGGCAGGGAGAGGGACCCAUGGCUUACCUGAACCGGGGACAGUUCUAUGCUCUGACGCUGUCUGAGACCGCCUUCAGUUCAACCCAACGUCAGCACAGAGGCAAAGUGCGGGUGAGUCGACCUUCACCCUCACAGGGGCCUGAUGGGAGCUCAUGCAGUAGUGAGCAAUGCACCAUGGGAGGCUCUGAGCUGCAGUGGGACAGUAUUGUACAGAGUGUUAUCAUGGUCGUCUUUGGGGAAGACAAGUGCAGAGACGAGCAGCUGAAGAAUUGGAAAUACUGGCACUCCCGUCAGCACACUGCCAAACAGAGGGUCCUGGACAUUGCCGACUACAAGGAGAGUUUCAGUACAAUUGGGAAUGUGGAGGAAAUUGCCUACAAUGCUGUCUCUUUCACGUGGGACGUCAGUGAAGAAGCCAAGGUCUUUAUCUCUGUGAACUGUCUGAGCACAGACUUCUCCUCGCAGAAGGGCGUGAAGGGGAUGCCUCUGAUCAUCCAGAUCGACACCUACAGCUACAACAGCUGCAGCAGCAGACCCAUCCACAGGGCCUUCUCCGAGAUCAAGGUUUUCUGUGACAAGGGUGCUGAGAGGAAGCUGCGUGAUGAGGAGAAGAAACAUCUCAGAAAGAGGGUGAAAGGGAAAAAUGGCAGCUCGGGGCCAACCUCUAACAUUAAGAGGACUGACUGCACGCUGUUCAAAGCCAUGACCGACCUGGACUCCCAGCCUGUCCUCUUCAUUCCUGACGUCCACUUUGGAAACCUGCAGAGAGCAGGGCAGGUGUUUGCUUUUAACACAGAGGAGGUUGACAGAGAUGGGAGUGUUGUGGUGAAGAGGAUGUCCUGUGUUGAUGAGGAGGCUGUCUGUCCCCCUAAGAAGUCCAGAGUAGACCAUGGAAGGAAAGUCCUCCUGUAUGUGAGGAAGGAGUGUGAUGAAGUGUUUGAUGCCUUAAUGCUGCACACCCCAACACUCAAAGCACUGAUUGAGGCAAUCUCAGAGAAAUAUGCACUGCCUGUUGACAAGAUGGCCAAAGUUUACCAAAAAAGCAAGAAAGGGGUCCUAGUGAACAUGGAUGACAACAUCAUCCAACAUUAUUCCAACGAGGACACCUUCACCCUGGCUAUCGAGAGCUCAGCAGACUCCUUGCGGGUGACUCUGUCAGAGAUCUGACGGUUGUUUGUCACAGCUCUGUACUCUUCAGUCAGACAGAGGGUAUCAGUGUGGGCUGAAGCCAUGCCAUGUGUAAUAAUUGUGAAUAGUGAUAACAGUGUUAGAUGACAGCGCUAUCAUCAUGGUAACAAACAUUUCUGUACUCUUCACCUGCUGGAGUACGCGUCGACAACCUGCAAUAAAAAGACAGGCUGACUAUUAAAAACUCACGGAUCUGUUUUUAGGUGGGAAGAAUCUUUUGAUCUUUCCUGGAUACCAAGCUUCACACGUUUUCACUAGCUUCAUUUCCUGACACUUCUUGUCUGUCUGUGACUGAGAUGAGAUCACCAUAAAUCAUCCAUCCAGCCAAUUUGCUGUGGUUUCACAGGAAGAGGACAGUUGUUUUUAAAUUAACAGCAGGGAUGCUGCUGUUUGUCUCCUCCGCUCUUCUUCCUCUCACAUCUUUCAGCAGCAGGAAGCUUUUUAAUGACUUGACCCAAGCAGGUUUGUUAUUUGCUGAAAGUCAGCUGUUUAAGGUAACAGCUAAUUGUUUUAUAUGUUCAUAAUUAUUUCUCAACUUGUCUUGAAAGUGAAAUAUAAUCUUUAUUGGUUGUCCGUCUUUGUAAUUCAUUUGUUUAUAUUUUUAUAUAUGUUGAUUAGUUUUCUGUCCAUUUGCUGCCAGUGAAACGAGGGUUAUCCCAGGUUGCGAUUACAUGCUGAUCUCUCACAGUCCAUAAAUACAUCAGGCAUGCUGUAAAAUUGUUUAGCUCCCACUGUGUGUUAUGUUCAUUGCUUUUUCUCUCACUGAAGAGGCUGCAGUCAUGUUUAUGAGAUCAGUUUUGUAGAUAUACACAACCUUGUCCAAGGCGACUGUGAGACAUCAGAGCUUCAGUCUUAACUGCUCUGUCCCUGUUUCCACCUGAUCCACCCACAGCUUCUCCAUCCUCCACAUGUGUCAUGCACUGUCUUGUAUUUUAUAUGAGCCAAUAAAUAGUUUUAUAUGUA